AUGCCUGGCAAGACUACCGCCACGCCUCGCAUCACCAAGUUCAUCAACUGUCGCCUUGUGCGCGGUUCAACUUUGGUUGAGCAGGACCUUUGGAUCGAUUCCCUGUCGGGAAAGAUUCUCAAGGACCAAGAAGCCUUUUAUGAGCUGCACCUCUCUCCAGAUGAGAUCAUCGACCUCGGCGGCCGUAUCUUGGCUCCUGGUCUGAUUGAUGUGCAGUUAAACGGCGCGCAUGGUUUUGAUUUCUCCGUACCCUGCGAAACUAAGGAGGAAUAUGAUGAAGGCCUGCGUAUGGUGAACCAGGGUCUGGCUCGCGAUGGGGUUACCUCUUACCUGCCGACAAUCGUCAGCUCGCUGCCUGAAGUCUACUGGAAGGUCCUCCCCUCCCUUGGCCCCUCUGCUGCCACUCACCUUGCGCAAGAUGGUGCCGAAUCGCUCGGAGCGCACGUUGAAGGCCCUUUCAUCAGUCCUGGCCGUAACGGCAUCCACAAAACAGAGGUUCUGCGUGCAGCUCAGAACUUCGAGGACCUUAUCUACUGCUAUGGUGCCGAGAACAUGAGCAGCGCAUGCCAUAUCAAGAUGAUCACAGCCGCCCCGGAGGUCGGAAACAUGAUGGCCCAGAUCCCCGAAAUCACGAAGCGCAACAUCAUCUACUCCAUCGGUCACUCGGAUGCCACCUACGAACAGGCGGUUUCCGCUACACACCAGGGCGCCAGCAUGAUCACGCAUUUAUUUAACGCCAUGCGCCCCUUCUACCACCGCAACCCGGGUGUCUUCGGUCUACUUGGCCGAAGCGAGCGUCGUCGCCCUUACUACGGCGUGAUCGCUGAUGGCAUCCACCUGCACCCAACCUCCAUUAAGAUCGCCUACAAUGCCCACCCAGAUGGGUUGGUCCUUGUAACCGAUGCCAUGCGCCUGUGUGGACUGCCUGAUGGCGUUUACGAGUGGACCAAUGGCGAACGCAUUGUUAAGACUGGUGCUCGUUUGACUCUGGAGGGAUCGGAUAAAAUUGCUGGCAGUUCGGCAACCCUGAUCGAGUGUGUGAACAAUUUCCGUCGUUGGUCGGGCGCCUCCACUGCGGACGCUAUAAACGCCGUUACCGCCACUCCCGCACGCUUGCUCGGUGUGGAAGGGGUGAAGGGGUCCCUGGAAAGCGGGGCAGAUGCUGACUUGGUUGUUCUGGGUGAAAAGGAAGAUCCCUUCUCUGGCUCCAUUCUGACAGUCGACCAAGUAUGGAAAUUUGGUGUGAAGAUUCAUGACACUGACAAGGCGAUGGUUUAA